AUGACCGACGCGUUGCGCGUUCCAGCUGAAUAUCGCGAGUUCGCAAAGAUCGAGGACCCCGAUAUUAUUGAGCGGCUGGAGAAAUGGAAGAACAACUCUAUUGAGACGCUUCAGCGGCUGCAAACGCGUGUCCAGCAAGCACAAACCUCACUGAGCAUCAAAGAAACAGCAGACAUCGUCGCUGCAGUGACUCCGCUCUCUGGCGCGGGCAACUGGGUGUCCGACGCAUCGCAUGCCUAUGCUCACGCCAUUUUACAAGAGUUGAAGGUCCCGGAGCCAACACAGUCGCUAGUGGCACAUAUCUUGCUGCAUAACGUAAAGCCUGUCUUCAGGGCGAAUGCGCACCCCUCGAUAAACCCGCAAACAGGGCGAAAGCUGCCAAGACCUGCUGGAGGGCCACAAGCAACACAGGACUUGUACGAUUCACAGACGUGGAAAGACCAUCCUGGCGUGGACCUCACGGUGCUUUGGUGUGUGCAGCAUAUUCCGACCAAUGCAUACGAUGAGGUCUGGCACUUGGUUGUCCCGCCGCUGAUGACGCUUCUGGACGACUACGAGGCGCAGUACAAAUUGGCCGGCGUCAGAAUAGCCGCCGCGAUGCUUGACAGCGUACCAGGAUCACUUCUGAAACGCACCGGUGUCGGCUCUCUCCUCCUCGAAGCUCUCAACAGAAGCAUCCUCGUACUAGACAGCCCAGAAACGCCUAUCCUCCUCCCAGCUGCCGUCUCAGCAUCGCUGGCACUCAUUGAACUUACCACCACAGCCGGCUCUGAAGAGCGAUUCGCGCAGCUCUGCGGGAUAUUGGGCGACAGCAUUAUUGGGAGCGUGUGGCCCUACUCAAGUAACCGCAUCGACGCCCUUAUCGCCUCAAUCGACGCCCUUCCAUCCAUCUUCGCAGUUCUGAGUGUCGGGUGUGCGCGUUAUUUCAAGGUUUUAAUGGCCCAACUAGUCUACCCACUUGCUCCAUUGGAACACCAACAGACCACAGUCGAGCUGCAAAUAGCAUCGCUCCGCGCGUUAACCGCGCUCUUCAGAGCGUGUCCGCAGCGUAUAGCCGGCUGGAAGGGCACCAUCCUGAAUGGUGUCGCGCGAUGCUGGGUGGACACCGUCGAAAGCCCCUCAGCAGAAAACGAUCAAGUCAGGACAGAGCUGAAAACCGUCUGUCGCGACCUCGCGGCCGUCUGUCCAACUGUGCAACAGGAGGAAUACCCACAACUUCUGGCUCUUGACCAAACGCUAUUCAGUGAAUUAAUACAAGACACCAAAAUCUGA